AUGCUCGUCUUGUGCCUGGUGCUCCUGUGCACCUUUUUUGUGGGAGUCUUCGUCUGGACUGUCCUCCAGCAUUUCCUCACCGUAGAUGUCCCCUCUACCUUGCAACAUCCUGCCAAGUUCAGAUUUCUGCAUUGCCUGUUCCUGUAUGCUUUAACUUUGGGGAAUAUAUUUGAGAGGCUGGGAAUCUGCUCCAGGCCCAGAUUUACCCAGUUAUUGCAUGGUUUUGUGAACAAAAAGGAUGCUAGACUUGUAGUGACUGACCUGUAUUUUGGGACCAUACCUGUGAGGCUGUUCCAAUCCAAGGCAGAGUCCUCCAGCCCCUGGUGAGGCAUCAUCUUCUUCCAUGGAGGAGGCGGGUUCAUGGGGAACUUGGACUUGUACCACCACCUGUGCAAUUUUCUGGCCCUGGAGACUGAUUCUGUGCUGCUGUCGAUUGGGUACCGCAAGCUUCCCGAUCACCAUUACCCCAGCAUUUUCUGAGAUUGCCUGAAUGCCUCCAUUCACUUCCUGAAGGCCCUGGAAACCUACAGCCUGGACCCCUCCCGGGUUGUGAUCUGUGGAGACAGCACUGGGGGAGUGUAUGUGGUCUGUGUCACCCAGGCCCUGGUGGGCAGAUCAGAUGUUCCCCAGAUCCGGGCCCAGGUCCUGAUUUAUCCACUUGUUCAGAUCAUCACUUUGCAGCUGCCAUCUUACUGGCAGAGCAGAAAUGUCCUCCUGCCCCAGAAGUUCAUGAUGACAUGUAUGCUUAAAUAUAUGGUUAUCGGCUUUCACUGGUGGGAAGCCAUCUUGGAUGGUGCCUUCAUGCCCCCAGACUUCUGGAGGAAGUACAAGCAGUGGCUCAGCUCUGACAACAUACCCAGGAGAUUCAGGAAGAUGCGCCACCAACCUGUGUUUCCCAGCCCUUUUAAUGGGGCUGCCUAUCUGGAAAACAAACAUCUUUUGGAUGUAGACAAUGCCCCUCUGAUAAGAGAUGAUGAGACCAUUGCUCAGCUUCCCAAGGCCUUCCUGGUGAGCUGUGAGCAUGACAUCCUCCGUGAUGACACCUUGCUCUAUAUGAAGCGCUUGGAGGACCAGAGGGUCCCUGUGAUGUGGUAUCAUGUAGAGGAUGGCUUUCAUGGGUCCCUACUGCUUUUUGACAAGGAAAUUUUCUUGUUCCUGUGCUCCCUGAAAAUUGUGAAUGCUAUAGCCAAUUAUAUAAAGAGCAUAUAGCAACCCUGGGGUGCUGAUUAAGGAGAUGCUGAGUCAAUGCUCUGGUCACAUGAAAAGGAUAAGUUAGCUUAGAAUGGUUUUGCUUAGUAUUUCAGAAAAUCCGAAUUGUGAGCAACACUUGCUAACAUUCUCACUCAGGUGAAAUAAAUAUCAAAGGGAGAGACAAAUGCCUUUAAAAACUUCUCAAAGCCCUAACACACAAGGUCUGUGAAGAAUAAAUGCUAACAACUGGUUAUUCUGUCCGUGUGUCUCUAAUCAUGGUGCAUCUAUGCUCAUGAUGCCAACGCAGGGCUUGGGGCCAUGGUGCCUGUUGGACGAGGGGGCACCUAAUUGUUCUUGGGAUCAUAGGUCACCAGCCAAAUUCCAACACACCAGUUAUAGAUCAGUCUCCAGCAGGAGAAAUGCUGUUGCAAUGAAACUCUUGCCUCACUUUAGCCAUCCUUGGACAGGACUAAAGGCAGGUUUCAGGGGAGGUGGUGGGAAAAGGAGAUGGGGAAGAGGGAAGGGAGAAGCAGUGAGGGAAAGAGUGGGCUCUGGGGGGCUGUGAAUGUGGUCUGGGCUCAAGUCUUUAAUCCGAAUUCCAAAAUCAGAUUCCUGGCUACCAAGAGGCAGGUUCUCAGAGCUAAGUCUGUCCUGGGAACCUCCAGAUGCUAUCUGGAAUAUGAAAACUGCAUUCUCCAAGACAGACAACUUACUAUACAUUCUUUCUUUGGUGAGCUUAUGUAUUGUUUCCACUUUUACAAAGAACCUUGCCUUAGGGGCGCCUGGACGUCUCCAUCAGUAGAGUACAAUCCUUGA